CCUUUAUAAGUAAUCUUGCUGCCAGGAAUACCAUCACACUGAUUCAAAGGUUGUUUCUGGUUUCAGGUGGUUCAGUACAUUUUGGUUAAAUCGUACAAUUGUUCAAGACAAAACCAAAAAAGUCUUCAUCACAAAAGAGAUUAUCUUAUUGACAAGUGAAUAUCACAGUGAAGUCAAGCCUGAGUAGUAAUAAAAUAUCUUUUUCCACAAGUAGAAGAAAUGAGGACUGACAGAGCUUCUGAAAUAAUAAGACUUUUAGGGCAGACAAGCAUUCCAUCAUCUGAAAAUAUCAGUGCUCUCUCCUUGAACAGAACAGACUGUACGCAGGUUGUGGUACCAGAAGAAGUCUUUUUCACAAUUGCUGCUGUUGGAAUACUGGAAAACCUACUUGUCCUUAUAGCUGUGAUCAGGAAUAAGAAUCUCCACUUGCCCAUGUACUUUUUUAUCUGCAGCUUAGCAGUUUCAGAUAUGCUGGGUAGUCUGUACAAAACUCUGGAAAAUAUCUUGAUUAUUUUAUGCAAAAUGGGGUAUUUGAAGCCUCGUGGAGACUUUGAGACCAAGAUGGAUGAUGUCAUAGAUUCCAUGUUCAUUCUUUCUUUACUGGGGUCAAUAUUCAGCUUGCUAACUAUUGCAGCUGACAGAUAUAUAACUAUCUUCUAUGCAUUGCGAUACCAUAACAUCAUGACACUGAAGCGUGCAUUAAUCAUCCUGGCAGCAAUCUGGACCUUUUGUGCUGGAAGUGGCAUUGCCAUUGCCAUUUUCUCCCAUGAAACAGCUGUAGUAAUUUCUUUCACUAUCCUGUUCCCUUUGAUGUUAAUUUUUAUAUUAUGCCUCUAUAUCCACAUGUUUCUGCUUGCACGAUCACAUGCCAAAAAAAUUGCUUCACUGCCUACUAGUACAGUUCACCAGAGAACAAACACGAAAGGGGCCAUUACAUUAACUAUUUUCCUUGGUGUUUUUCUUUUCUGCUGGGCACCCUUUGUUCUUCACAUCCUUCUUAUGCAGUUUUGCCCACACAAUCCUUACUGUGCUUGUUACAUGUCAAUUUUUCAAGUGAAUGGUACACUCAUCUUGUGCAAUGCUGUCAUUGAUCCUAUGGUCUAUGCAUUCCGAAGUCCAGAAUUACGGAGUACAUUUAAGAAAAUGUUCUGUUGCACCAAGUCAAAUUGGAAGUAGUGCAUUCUGAUUUAAAAUAAAGUCUAUAAAAUUAAGCCUACGGUGCAGUGCAUAAUGUUGAUAAGAAUAAGGUUUGGAGUUACAGCCACCAAAAAAGACCCCAAUCCUGCUUAGAUUUAUGCAUUUAUUUAAUUUUAUGUCCUACAGAUAAUCUAAUUGGCUUCAGAAGACCAUUCAAACUGCAAAAAGUUAGUCAAGUGCAUUAAGUCUUUGCCAGAUCAGUGUUCAAGAAAUAUCAUUUGUUAUCAUGAUCUCUCUCAUGCCAUUUUUUAAAGAAAAUUUAGUAAUCCAGUCUAAAAGUGAGUGGGCUUUAAGCACCUAAUUAAUUUCUAAAAGAUACUAAACUAAAUUUAAUUCUAGUGAACUAAUCUGCAUCAUUGCAUGACAGAUGAGUUUAAAUUAAUUCUUUUUGCUCAGUACUCUCAGGUAAAAAAGAUUCAUAACAUUCUCCCAGUAAAAUAAAUAGGAAAAAUAACUUUAAAUAUAGAUUACAAUUUUUUUCUAACCUGCACAUUUCUAAUCAGAUAACAUCCACUGAUAUUUCAACUAACGAUGAUUGAUACCAGGAAAGGUGUUACAUUAGACUUGCCCAGUUCAUAUGCUCAUUUGCCAAUAUUGAAGACAGAAUACUGGGCAAGAUGGACCAUUGAUCUGACCCAGUAUGGCUCUUUUGUUCUUAUGUUCACUGUGAAGCAGUACACACAGGCACAUGACUAGAUUUUGUUGGACUUGGUCUCCGCUCUCUCUCUCUCUCUCUCUCCCUUUAGCUAAUUUCAAAAGACACUGACCAGUUGGGUUUAAUGUAAAAAAUGUCACUUGAAGAUCAUCCAUAGUAGAAGGUAUUUGGAUUCUAAGGUAUUUUUGGGCAAAGUUAUAUAUAUUUGAAAACAGGGAUUUAGUAUAAAUGUAUCUUUUAAUUUUUAACUGCAGUAUCAUGUUGCUCUCGAAUAUUGUUUUGCUAAAGGUAGGAGAUGGCUGCCAUCAAUCAAAGGGCUGCUAAAAUUCACUUCUUUUGUACUAGAUAGAUUUUGUAUACAUUUUUUAAAAUAAGCAAGACUACAUUUAAGACACCUAGCAUAUCAUCUGUUUCUUCUAAUGAAAACCAUGCAUUAAAGCCCCAAAAUGUUAACUGCUCAAGUCAAAGGUGGGCAACCUUGUUGUGAGGAGUGGGAUAAUUUAUAGACAGAAAUAUCAUGAGGGAACAAGUAAUGGAGGCAGUUGCCAAACUCAUAGAUGGCCAAGUGGAAUUAAAAAAAGAAAUAGCACAAAAGAUGGAGACUGCAAAAAAAAAAAAAAAAGAUAGAGUAGCUGAAGAUUUUAAAAGAAGAAUCAAAGCAAUCUCAAGAGAUUCCCAGAAAGUUGUUUGCAACCAGACAGAAAAUCACUAUUGGGGAAGCAAUAACAAAUUUCCUGGGUAAGGUUGAAACUUAACUUCAAAUUUCCUAAUCUAGAAUUAUUAAAAUAGAUCUUUGAGGUGACUGGCAACAUGUUUACCAUGGACCAAAAUGUUCUCCAAGAAGUUUUGGCCACCUUGGGACACCCUAACAGCAACAACAAAUUAAUGAGUUAAAACAACAGCUGGAGAAGGAAUUCACAGAAUUACAGACCAUGGAGGAAGUCCUAAUCAGAGAACUUAGAUAAAACAGGAUAUUAACAACAGUUUUUCAGCUUGCAAUCUAUAGAGGCCAUAAAGUACGAAGUUUAGUUCUCUCAGAUCCAAUAACCUACUACUUUUAAAAGAAACAAUUCCUAUUAUGGAAAUGUGUUUGGUUUACAUCAAACUUGUAGCCUAAAUGAAUGGCCAGAAAGAUGAACAGCCGGAGUUCCAGCAGCUAACUUGAUUGGCCAAGCUUUUACGAAAAUGAAGAAAAUAGGACAAGUCACCCAAAUUUGGUACUAACACUUAAUGUACAGCUCAGAGCCAGCCAUCUGUCCAAGCUGUUCAAGACACACAAAAAAGGUAGACCAAAGAAAAGAGAGAGACCACCUGAAUGGGCUGAGAAACUUCAGGAAUCUUGCUUUCUUGACACAUUCAGCUUCUAUAAUGGACCUUCAGAAUAAAUUUGCAAUGAAUAAAUAUGUAGCUGGUCAGCUACAUGUGGACGUACUUAUCAAGAUCAGAGAAAGAAGGCCAAAGACACUUCAACAGGUUAUGGGAUUUGCCAUAGAAUGUCAGCAUUUUUCCUGAAGAACCCCAACAAUAAAGGAAGCAGACGGUAGUGAAGAAAAUGAAAUGUGAUCACCAUGCACUGUAACCUCAAACAGGGAUUUCCAGAACAGCUAGCAAGAAACAUCCUCUGCACCAAUGAGGGAAAUAUUAGAUGAGCUGGAUAAGAUCAAAGGACUGCUGCAUCUCUGAACUUAGAAGGAAAUAAGUUGCCUGGGGAGGGUGAAGGCUGUGCUUUAGACUGCUGUUUACCCUACAAGAAGCUGCUACUCUACAAAUCAGUGGAGGAAACUGAGUCAUAGCUGCACUCAGGGCUACUUCCAUUACAUGAUGCACCAGGAAGAGCAAGUUCUAUGGGCCUGCUGCUUAAUCCCCAUCCCCUGCCAGAGGAGCAAGUUUUAACUCUUCUUCCAACUGUGUGUCAGGAGAGGUGAGCAAGUACAAAUGGCACAGUAAUUGGCUGGUGUACAUGGAUAAUGCCAGACUACACCACUACUCCAACAAAGAAAAGACUAGAGAACUCAGUCACAACUAAUUCCCUGGACUCUUCCUGCUGCGAUGUCUGGUCAGCAUGUAUGCCAGUAUAAGGACAAAAAUCAAGUGCCUUUUCAUAGCGAUAAUAGAGCCUGCAUCCAACCUAAAAAUGAGACAAAUCAUGAUGUGAAGUACUACUCAGCAUGAAGAAAGGUUUUGUAGAAUUGGCUUCUACAUCUAUUUAUUUUAAACUUACCACAUCCCAAAUAAAUGUGAUACUGAACUAACCUUUUCUUUAACAUACUCUUAAAUCUAUUACACUCAUUUACAUUUUGAGCUUGGCUUUCCAAAAGUCUAGCCCUGCAAUCUGCAACCUGUAUAGACUGUGAGCUGGAUCCAGCCUACCAAGUCAUUUGAUCCAGCCCACAGACAUGUGGCUUCAGCAACAUUUGGUAGUGGGGAAGUUCACCAGGGGUCACUCACCCCUUGCUGCUGUGGGAGGAAGCAGCAACUCCGGAUCUUCCCCUGCUUCUAUAGAUGCAGUGAUUGGGUCCUAUGGCAUUUAUAAAUGUGCUGGGGGUGGGGGGCGGACCAGUUGCUUUAAUUAGAGUGGCUCUGAAAGCAACUCUAAUUAAAGCACCUGGAGCAUCUCAUGUAUCAGUGUCCCCAUGCUGAAAAAUGGUGACAGGGGUGCUUUAACUUAAGCUCAUCAUUAUGGCACAUCAGAACAACCUCUGCUUGUGCAUAGGUGCCCCUAGUGCCUAUCCACCCAGCUGUUAAUGACCCACCUGAGCUGGGUGAUUCCAGUCUAUAACCUGAAAAAAGUUGCCAACCACUGGUCUAGCCCAUUAAUAGCAAUGGAUAUUUAAAUGUACGAAAUGAAGGACCAGGCCAGAAGAUUUUAUUCAUUAUCUUCUGAAUCUAUCAAACAAGAAGUUAUUAGUCAUUUUCUAAACAAAUAAAACAAAUUGGCUAAUCUUAAUACUUCCUAUGGCAAGAGUCCUCAAGAAAUAGAGCUCAUGGAGGAAACUCCUAAUGAGUUUUGAUUGCUUAGUCUACAUACACUCUGUUGUUUCCGCUAACCUAUGUACAUGCAAUAGGCUUGAUUUUCACCUCAUACAUCACUGUAAAAUUCAUAUGGUUCUCCUGACAGUGGCAGCAGAAUCCUAUCCUAUCCUUAACCAACUGUUCAUAUUGUGUCUUCCAUUCUGUCUGUGUAACUCUCAGAAGAAAUCAAAAAUACCACAAAAUACUUAGUCUAGGUUCUUCCUUCCAUCCUCAUCACCGAGUUUACAAGGUUUCUCACUACCUUGUAGAGUUUUUGUGAAUCAGUUUACUAUUAUUAAUUAAAGCCACUGGGCUUUUGCGUCACUCCAUCCCCUGUUGCUAUCUCCUGUGCCAGGGCUGGGAAAAGAACUGAAGAGCUGUGAAUUCCCCAAGGUCCUCCACUGUCUGUUUUUAUUCAGAGGGAAUGCAGCACAACAGAUUGUGUGGCCCAGUAUGGUUCCAGGGGAAUUUGAUGAUAACCAGUGAAAGCAUCUAGUUAAAUGGAAGCAUGUGCUAGACAAGCAAUAAGCAGUAAAGAUCCUUGUUUGAAAAUAAUUCUUGUCAUAAUAAAUAUUAGGACAGCUAAAAGGGCCAGCUCUCUUAAAUUGCAAGACAAAUGUAAAAACAUGUAGCAACUUAGAAUUUAGGUUUUUGCCAGAGCCACUUUAAGUGCAUGUCUCAACUUCUGAUUUAUUCCAUCAUCUUUAUGAGGCAAGGGGGGGUUUGUUUGGGGGUUUGUUUUGUUGGGGAGUUUUUUUGGUUGUAUCUUUUAUUGGAUCAACUGUAUAUUGGGAAAGGUGUUGUACAAGCUUUCACGCACAAAAACCCCUUCUUCAGGUCCAUCGUUUUUAGUUAGUUUUAACUUUGGACAAAUAAAUUCUCUCAUAGAUCCAUAAAUUACCUUAUCCUUUGGACUUUCUUAACACAACUUAAUGUACAACCCUAUAUUAAAAAAUGAGUUGUUUUUGUUUGAGGGGGGAUGCAUGUAACCAUAAUUCAUAUAAGAUUAAAUAAAGUUAAGUACAUUUAAUUUAGAUAAGCUUAAACAAUUUGCAUAAGUUAAAUAUCAACUGUCUUUAAUGAUCUGCUUCUAACACCCUUGUAUUAAGUCAAGACUAGACCUGGGUGAACAGUGUUGAAAAACUUCAGUGAAUUUAGUCCUUCUUUCUAUUUACCAUAGAAAUAACCAUAAAUUGUUCAGUGAAAUCUUCUGGGUUUUUUGUUCAUUAUCAGAAAUUAUUUGAGAAACUCUGUGCAAACAUACUUCAACCUAUACAAUGUUCUUUGGUUGUUGGUUAUUUGUGCUGUGUAGCUAAUCAUCUGAGUUGCACGGGGUGCAUACACAAGUACUAACUUUCUGACAGUUAAGCUGGCUUAACCUUCAUAGCAUAAAUGCAUAUGUAGAGCAGAGUCAGCUUAAAUGAGGCACCAGAUAAUACAACUCCAAGGUGUAUUAUCUUGAGCUGCAUUAGUUAAGUCAACCUAGCUCACAAGUUGGCUGCCACUAUGUCAAGAAGCUGUACUUGUGUACAGCCUGAUGUGGCUUACCUUAAGUCGGCUUAGUUAAGUGUACUCAUUUUAAGUCAGGUUAGUAUGUGCGUACGUACCCCUGGUUUUGUUUCUACUCCGUGACAAGAUGGCAGAAACAGCUACAAACAGGAGUUAAAUAAAAGAUUUCAAUACCAACUUGUGAAGACCUCUUGCAUGAGCCUCCACAUUUGCCAGUGUUGCUGAAUUUGGCUGAAGGUAAGACAUUUACCACUUUGUCUGGAGUUCAUUUUCUAUCAUGAGAAUAAGUGAACCUUCACAAGCAUUUUUUUAAAUAUUUAUUUAUUGCUUCUAAGACCAGAGGUCCAUUAUAAUCACCUGGUUUGACUUUUGUCUAACACAGGUCAUAGAACCUUACUGAGUAAUUUCUGUAGCAGGACUCUGACUUUUAUGCCCUUUUCUGUAAACAGUUGGGUUUCAGCAAGCACUUGCUACAGCUCUUUCUGUAGCCUGUCAGCACAGCAUAUUAAUAAGGUCUUGAUCAUACAACACUGAUGCAGCAGAGUAUUUAACUCAAGUGCUUAACUUGAAGUGUGUGAGCACUGUCCAAAUGAUUUCCAAGACUAUUUCUUUAUAUAAAGAUAAACAUAUGCUUCAGUUCCAGUUACCUAGUCAUAUGGAUUGGGGCCUAAAAAGGCUUUAAUGAGGUUGGUGAACAGUAGGUACACACAUGCUACAGAAAUCCUGUGAAACCAGCAGAAAUAAAUAAAUAAAAAUGCUUUCAAGUGAUUGGACUGCAGACAGAUAGCAUAUAUUGUGAAUACACUAUUGCUAUUAACCAAAGAAGGCAGCAUUAUUAAAAAUAAGUUUUAAAGUACCUCUCUAGUUUCAUCCACCAUCAUUUUUUUUUCUGUAGGAAAUAUGUGGAUCACAGUCUACAUUCAGUACAGUUUCCAUGGCCCAGAAAAAAAUGUUUUUCUAUUGAAAAUACAAAUAUAAUUUACUGGUGCCUUUCACAAUAAAGCAUAGUUAUUAUACUGUGCAUUUUAAGUGGAGGGGCAGAUUAGUGAAAGAGUCAAACUAGAAAUAAAAAACUACAACAUCCGUAGCAGAAGACUGCUUCAAUUGCAGCCUAUGCAGCAGGAAACUGCCAAAGACAGAGGGGUCCAUUGAUGAAUAAUCAGCAACCUUUUGAAUCCCUUUAGCAACUUGUGACUCUAAUAGACCUUAACAUAUAGCAGAAACCAAGUUCAUAAAAUAAUAUUUUCAGAAAUGAGUCUUACAGUAAACAAGAAGAAUUAAUUUUACGUUAUGAAAAUAACUUUUAGAAAUACUACCAGUUUUGCUGGCAUAUUAUAAAAAUGUGGAUUUUAGUAACCAAGCUAUUGGGUUUUUUCCUCCCUCUCUCAUAUAUUUCAAGGGGAGGAAAUGACUUCGCAUAGACUUAGAAAACCCCAGGAGGAGAGAUUUGGUACUAAAAGCUCCCUGUCCAUCUGUCUCUGUCUUGUCUUUGACAAUACACUUGUUACACUUUUGUUAAGCUGCAUGCCAGUCUGUACAUAUGCAUUUUUAGGACACUUGCCCUUUCUAAUUACUUCACCUUUACAAGUCAAAGUAUAACAACUGAAUGCUGCUAUUGAAGUGAUUGUAUUGACAUUAUUAUUGAUUACAAAAGCACUGGGUUUAAAUAUCACCACGUUCUAGAGUUAUUUUCCAUUCUUCCUUCUUGCACAGCUCAUGACUAUCUGGCAGCAUAGUUUAAAAGUUUUUCUAAGCAACCAGAAUGGUUGGAAAACGUAUUAUUUUUAAAUGAAAACAUUCAUUCUCUUGCAAACACUGUAAAUUCAAGAAAUUCACAUGGGGAAAAAAACUUUAGUAUUUCACAGAAUGAUUUAUAACAGACUUCAGACUGGCUCAGCAGAAAAAAAUACCAACCUAGCAAAGCCUUACCUGAUCUAUCAGCCAAGUUAUUGGAAAUUUAACAAAUUUCCGUAAAGUUGAUUGCAAAAUGCUUGAACUUUAAAAUCCAAUUGGCAAUGGUUAUUUCAGUUCAGUGAUAAAGACAUUAAAUUGUAUUUGAUCUGUCUUCAACAGACACUUCUAAGAAUUAUAUGAGUUUCAGAGGACAUGGAAUUCAUUAAGCAAGUUACAAAUGACAGGGAAAUGUGAAAAUUGUUCUUAAACAAGUUAGAAAAAGACAGCCUACCCAUUACCAUUCUGCAAAUCUUAAUAUCCUACUCAAUCUCCCUUAUAUUGCAUUCUCUUUUAUCAAUCUAGUUAUUACAUAGAGUGUAUUUUAUUUAAACUCAUUCAUUGUUGUGCUCCUAGCUACUUCAGGAUUUAUACUGUAGAGCACAUUCUGUAUGUCUAUUUAAUGUUCGUAAAAUCAAUUUGUCUAGGUGUUUCAUGCUUUGAAGAAGUGCUGUUUUCUAUUAAGCAGGCGUUCCAAGCUUACAGACUCAAACUAAUAUUUUAAGAAUGGAGUUAGUACCUAAAUCACUGAUGCUAAUUGUUGCCACUGGGCGUGUCUACACAUGUGCUUUAAUGUUCAGUAGCCUAAUUUUACUGUGCAUUACAGCAUCAUGGCAAAAACCAUGCUAAUGCGCAGUAAUAUUAGGCAUUAAGCAUCGCAUAUGUUUUCACUACUGCACAUUAGGGCGGCCUAAUGCGCAUUUAAGUAGUACCUCACAUUAGAGGUACUAAAUGUAAUGUGCAGUAGUGAAAGCACAUUAAUGAACUUGUAGAUGUACCCACACACUUUUAAAAAUAAUGACUUAAGCUCCCUCUUCUUCCAUUUCUCCAUUUUUGAAGCUGUAGUAGUUGCUGUACUAUCUUACAGUGAUAUUGGGAGAUAUAAUACAUUUAUGUUUACAAACUUUUGAAAUUCUCAGAAAGUGCUAUAAAAUGCUAAUUAUCAUAUUGGAGCUGGUCGAAAUUUGUUUUCACCAGAUGUAAAGUCUGUAAUGUAAGGUUCAUAGUCUUUCCAGAAAUGGAAUAUUCAAAUAAAAUUAAAAAAAAUGAUUUGGAUCUUGGAUUUUUCUAGCCCUACCAUAUCGCAUUCCUUAGCAUUUCAUUGGGUGCCGCUAAUUCUUUACCAGCAAUUUUUUAAAUUAUUUGUCUUACCAGGUACUGUUUUGCUUCAGCCUUCUUUCCAUUUCUUGCCUCACUAUUAAACCUUGCUUGACUGUUAAACUCUAUCCAGCUACCUGUUAUUAUCAUUAUCAUAAAUUCACUUCAAUUUUCUAACUAACUGACAUUUUCUUCAAAAGGUCAUUUGUAACACACUGUGCUCCUCAUAUUCCCUGUUUUGACUUUCUAAAGGUCUGUGGAGACUAAUGCUACACUUACCUUAUUUACUCAUUAUGUUGUCCACUGGAUCUUUGAUCUUCCCCCAGUCGAUAUCCCAGUCUGUCUCCAUUAAUACAUUCUUAUUGUAUGAACUUCCUUUUCUUCAACCCCUUCUCAUUAGGCUCCACAUGUGUUCAUUCUAAAUACAUUUCCAAUGUGUUGCUUAAAAUGUUAUGGCUAAGAUAAUUACUUAAUGAAUAUGACUGGUUUACUGACACUGUAUAAUAUAUGCUACAGAAAAAAAUACAUUGAACCAAAGGAGUUAGGCAUGUCCCAUGUCGAAAACUAUGCUCUUCAAAACCCUAGUUAUGCAGUUGCCUAAACUCCAUAGACAAGGUAAUAUUUGACAUUCAUUAUGGUUCACUGAACACCUGAAGUUCUCUUUCUGGGCCUGCCCAGAAGCACCUCAGGUUUGGUAGUAAUGAGCAGCUCAAAACCUCCGCUCCAACAAGAUUCACAGACUAGAUAUUCUUGCGCUUACCUUGCCUGAGGCACUCAGUCUGGUAUGCAUUCUCAGAACACACUUACCUGAUAAAACUACUGUAUGCACCUAAGACAGUGGCAGCUGCUGUCAAAUCUCACGUACUGGUAGUGGUGUCAGCAGAAGCAUCAGUAUCCCCCCUUUAUAAAGUUUCCUAAUGGUCACAGCACUCACCAGGUGGAAAGACUCAAACUACUCACUCCCACCCCCCAAUCUUCCAUCUCCCGUCUCCUACCAGCAAGACAAAGAAGCAACAAAAAGCGUUGUAUCUUAGGAGUAUGAGAAAGACUAAGGGGAGUUUAGGGAGGGCAAUUUGAUAACUGAUGAUUAUAGAGAAGGCUGAAGUGUUUAAUGCCUUUCUAUUUCCAUCUUCACAAAAAAAGGUCAACUGUCAGAUGACAAGCACAGUUACCAGUGAGCAUAAAGAAGUGGUUAAUCAGCCUUGAGUAGAGAAGAAACACAGAGAUUACUUAGAGGAAUGUUUUUAAAUCAUAAGGGCCAGUUGAGAUUCAUCCGAGAAUACUGGAGGACCUGCCUAAAGUAACUUCAGAGCCAUUAGCUAUCAUCUUUGAGAACUCACAGCAGUUCCACUCAGGCCCAUAAGACUGGGAAAUAGCAAAGGAGACGCGUCCCAGGAAAUUAUUAAUCAAUCACCCUAGCUUCAUUACCUGGAAAGAAACUGAAGCAUAUCACUAAGGUAUUACCUAGGAUCUCCCAGUGUCAAUCCUCGCCCACUUCCCACCCCACCUCCUCCCACUGCAAAUUAGCAGUGUGGCAAAUUGGUGCACAUGCAAAUAUGUAGCACAGCGAACAGAUUAACGUGUGCCAUGUAAGUUUGAUAUGGUGCCUCAAAAGGCUUUGAGGUGCUGCAAACCACAUGUUCCCACUCAUGGGGACGUGGUCCUAGGGCCUGACUCUGAUCUUGUUUUACUCCAGUUAAUCAGGUGUCAAUUGUGAAACCACAGUGGAAUUGCACAGAUGUGAAACUGAUGAAAGGGACAAGAGUUACGAUCCUCUUGUUUGGUGCAAGCUGCUCAAAUGAAACUCAUGUCACCACAUAGAAAGAAAAUGUGAGACAAUCCAAAAAGGUACAUUUAAAUGGUACAGCCAUGUUGCAUGACUAAUUUUUUAACUGCUUACGUAGCUGUGCUCAGGAGUUAAAAGUGAAUGUAUAUGCCUCUAAAUAUUUCCACUGGCCAACAUUUCAUUAGGGAUGAAUUUACAGACCUUUAGCACAUGUAUCAGGAAACAGCUCUUCCAACUGCUGAUGAAGCAAAAUGUUGUCAGGGUAAUAUUUAGGAACCUUGAUUUAGGAAGAAGGAUGCUGUUUGCUUGCAUGUUUACUACUGACUAUUUAGUGCUAUACACUCUGGUGUUGCUGUUUAUUUUGCUCUCUUGGUUAACUAUAUUUUUUUUAAACUGGCAGAGAUGCUCCAGGUGGUCAUUGCCUGACAUUUUAUAAAUUUAAAUAGAUGUUGGUUUGUUAUGUGCCUGGAUGAAUAGCUAAGUAAAUUAAUGUAAGUAGUGUAGCAAACAUAGCAAUCUACAUGGAGAGAAGCAGAAUGAUGAGUGAAAUAGGAAAAACAGUAUAUGACAGCUUGGGGAAUGUGUCUGUGUCACCUUGAUUCAUUUCAUUUUUGUUUGUAAAUAUAGAAUGAUAAAAUCAUUGAAAAUUAGGGUUGGAAGAGACAUCGGGAGGUCAUCUAGUCCAACCUCCUGCUCAAAGCAGGACUGUCCCCAACUAUAUCAUAGUAUAAUUUAUUAUACUCUGAAUUUUGGAUUAAAACUUUCCUUAUGUGUCUGAUUCUACUGUGUUGAGAGGCAGCUGGAACUGAUAUGUGCCUAUAACUGAUUGUAAUACCUAACAAGCCAGGAAAGAUGUUUCUCAUGUUAGGGAAAGCUAACAUAGAAGGAGUGAUCUGGCUCUCAAGGACAAUUUGUCUGCUGUUGACUGACUGAUUCUACCACCCGUCCUGAAACAAGGGGGAUUUUCCAUAUUAAUUCAGCAUAGCUGAAGCAUGGGGUCCUAUACUGAGACUCACGACCAAGACUGUUGAGCAAAUGGACAUAGGGGGCUGAUCAUCAUAAGCAGCAAGAGAGCCCUGUUGCAGGGAACGCAAGGGAGUUUCCACCUAAACAGAGCAAAGGCAGUUCUAAGACUCAAAGUACAUGGUGAGGAGUACAAUGGUGGGUACUAUGCAUACAUAUUUGUUGUUUUUCCUUAGAUCUGCAACUCUUGUACACUUUUUAGAAUAAAGUGUGUGUAUAUUUACUGAG